AUUAGGUCAAAAAGCCCGUGAGCCCAAAAACCUAAGGAAACCCGGUUCAAAUUGCAAACCCUCGAUUUCAUUUCUUCAAUUCGAUCGCUGGGUACAAUUUUGAGGACGACGAAAGAGCAAAGAGUGUGUUUCAGUCACUGCCCAAGGAGAGCUCGGACAAAAAACUCAUCCCCCUUUGUCGUCUCCUUUUCCACUUCUUCUUCUUCUUCUUCACCAAGGAAUGCUGUUUAAAUGGAAUCAACAAUUGAGAAUUUGACGGAAAUGGAAUCAACGAUGGAGAAUUUAACGGAAAUGGAGAGUGAGAGAGUUGAACAGGGCACUGUUCAGGAAUUUGAAAGUGGAGAGCAAAGGCAGGAUGAUGUAAAGGAAACGGAGAAUGAGAGUCCAGGAGAGACAGUAGGAGAGGAAGCUCCCGGCAGGGAACAUGAAGAUUCUCCAUGUCCCAUGGUCAUUGAAGAAGGUACUUCUCUUGCUUCCCUUGAGGGGGGGACCAAUGCCGAUGAUCUGCCGAAGAUUGAUGAGGAAACCCUUGAUGAGAAGAAUUCCCAAUUAGAAACAAGCCCGCAUCCAAGCCCUUCUCCUUCGGUAGCUUUAGACACUGACGAAGGGUUAAUCAACCCUAUUGUGGAAGACACUGUAGAACAGAACACAGGGUCUAGCGAAUUAAGUUCGGAUAUCUUGAAAGAUGACGGAGAUGCUGUCAAGGUUGACAGAUAUACUGCAGUAGUCCAUGAAGAAACGGCCAAAGUACCUGACUUCAAACUCUCGGAGGAGGAAACAGGAUCACCGCAUCAUCAUGCUGAUAUUGUGAUGGAGCAGGAAAAAGCUGCAGAAGAACAUGACAUGAUAGCCUCAGGAGACCAUGACGAAUUUCCAGUCAAUCCUGAUAACAAACACUCGGAAGAUAAAGGAACAUUGCAUCAUCAUACUAAUACUGUCAUGGAGCAGGACCAAGCUGCAGAAGAACAUGAGAUCAUAUCCUCAGGAGACCAAGAGGAAUUUCCAGCGAAUUCUGAUACCAAAGUUGUUGAGGAGAACAAUGACAGUAUGGAUGAGGGUGAGGCUAACAAUAUGAAUUUGACUGGCGAUGGAAGUGGACCAGACGAUCAUGAUCGUGGGACCAUAACAGAGCUUGACAAAGGGCUAGAGGUGCCUGGUUCUGAGACCAUAUCAGAACUGGAGGAUAAGCCAUCUGAGCCUCUCUCAGAAACCUCAAUGAACGUAGAAAAAGAACUAGACAUGCCUGCCACAGAAAAUUUGACAGACAAUGACAAAAACUCUGAUGUGUUGGCAGUUGGAGUUUCAGGCGACAGUGACAAAGGGUUAUCUGUCUUGCCCGCUACCCAAACUUCCUCUGAUCAUGAUGAAGGAAUGACUACAGUUGAUGCUGAACCUACGGAAGACAUGAAACUUGAUGUUCCAGAUUCUAAAUUGGUUGCUGAUAUUACUGUUGACUCUACUAAUAACAAGGAUGCCAAUGUUGAGGCUAAUACUGAAAAGCAAGAUAAUUCUAGUGCACUUGUGCUAAAUGAUGCAAAUAAUGAAAGUGCACCAGUGAGACGUGAACACGGUCCUCCUUGUGUUGCUUCUUCUAUUAUAAAGUCUGAAGCGCGGGGUAGUGGAGAUUUGAACAAUGGAGUCCAUAAAAUAGUUCGGACACCACCUGGCUUUGAUGGGACCAUGCGCGCAAAGCGCUCUUUCCUCUUGGAUGAUGCGUCUGACGGUAAUGAAUCUGGAACGGAAGAGGACCAAUCUGCUUUUAUGAAAGAACUGGAUAGCUUUUUUAGAGAGCGAAACAUGGACUUCAAACCUCCAAAAUUUUAUGGGGAGGGACUGAACUGCCUCAAGUUAUGGAGAGCUGUAACUAGAUUGGGCGGAUAUGACAAGGUUACUGGAAGCAAAUUAUGGCGGCAAGUGGGAGAAUCUUUCAGGCCCCCAAAGACAUGUACAACAGUAUCAUGGACUUUCCGAGGUUUCUACGAAAAGGCUCUUCUUGAAUAUGAGCGGCAUAAAGUUAGUGGAGGUGAACUUCAGAUACCCCUUCCGUUGGAACUAGAACCAAUGAACAUUGAUAAUCAGGCGUCUGGAUCAGGGAGGGCUAGGAGAGAUGCAGCAGCACGUGCUAUGCAAGGUUGGCAUUCACAGCGUCUUAAUGGUAACGGUGAAGUUAGUGACUCUGCAAUCAAGGAUAAGAACUUAGUUAUUCAUCAAAAGCGCGAAAAACAGAUUGGAACCACCCCUGGUUUGCUCAAACGCAAGAGGCCUGCUGAACAUGGUGCAAAAAAUGCCAUCCAAGUAUCUAAACCUAUGUUGGAUGUUACAGUUGUUGAUGUUGGACCACCAGCUGACUGGGUGAAGAUUAACGUACAGAGGACGCAAGAUUGCUUUGAGGUGUAUGCAUUAGUCCCAGGACUAGUCCGUGAAGAGGUCCGAGUCCAGUCAGAUCCGGCUGGGCGGUUGGUAAUAAGUGGCGAACCCGAGAACCCUAUGAAUCCCUGGGGAGCGACUCCUUUCAAAAAGGUGGUAAGUUUGCCGACGAGAAUCGAUCCGCAUCACACAUCGGCUGUGGUAACCCUAAACGGGCAGUUAUUCGUCCGUGUGCCUCUCGAGCAAUUGGAUUAGAAACAUUUACAGUUUAACAAAAGCCUUUUGAAGAUCUGAAAGAGAGAAGAUUGUUAGAAGUAGUUGUUGAGAGUAUUUUGUCUGUAAAUUAUGAGAGCAUAAACACAAGCUGAGAAGAGCAGCCUUUAGGAAUCCUUAAUUAGGUCAUCUAGUUUCUAUGGUCUCUCCUCUCUUUGAUUAGAUUCUUCUUCUAAGUGUCAUCACUAUUGAUUUGUUGUAGCACCAACAUCUUUUAAACCUUUUUAUUAAGAACACACAAAUCUACAACCUUUUUUUUUAA